AGCGGAGGAGGGAGGAGCAGUAGGAGGCGCCAUGCAGGAGGAGGUAUCGAAUUUUGGCCAAUCAAAAAAAGGUGUCUUGUGUGGACGUCAUUAGCAUGUGGGUCUGUAAAUAGAGCGGGCGCGAGGCGGGCGUUAGUCAUUUUCUGUUCGUUUAUUCGAGAAGCAGCAUUAUGCCCGAUCCAGCCAAGACCGCGCCCAAGAAGGGAUCAAAGAAAGCCGUGACCAAGACGGCCGGCAAAGGAGGCAAGAAGCGCAGAAAGUCCCGGAAGGAGAGCUACGCCAUCUACGUGUACAAGGUCCUGAAACAGGUGCACCCUGACACCGGCAUCUCAUCCAAGGCCAUGGGCAUCAUGAACUCCUUCGUGAAUGAUAUUUUUGAGCGCAUCGCCGGUGAGUCUUCUCGUCUGGCUCACUACAACAAGCGCUCCACCAUCACCUCCAGGGAGAUCCAGACUGCCGUGCGCCUGUUGCUUCCCGGCGAGCUGGCCAAGCACGCCGUGUCCGAGGGCACAAAGGCCGUCACCAAGUACACCAGCUCCAAGUAAAGCGCGUUACCGCCGUCUUCAUCAACCCAACGGCUCUUUUAAGAGCCACCCACUUUUCAUACAAAGAGCAAUCAAUUUUCUUUCGCUUUCUCUCUUGCUGUGUGUGUGUGUGUGAGUGAGAGAGAGGGGGGGCACUUCUGAAGUGCUGCUCUCCCACGAAUGUUCAGGCUUUUGGGUAAUUCUAGCAGUCUGAUAAAUGCAGAGAUGAGUACAACUCAACAGGGUUGUAGCACGGUUUCUCGGGCUUGUAUAAUCUGAGCAAUGCAAAAUGGGGCUUUAGCAGCACAAAGUUUUAUUAAGACUAGCAACAGGAAGUAACUGAAAAUGGUAUUCUAGUAACACGUAGAAAUUCAAACUAAGGUUCUAGAAGCACGUAAAAGUUCUAAAUACUGUUGUAACAUGUAGUCAUUCAAAACAGUGUUCCAGCAGCACAAAGUCAUUCAAAAGAAUGCUCUAGCAGCAUGGAAUACAACACACACACACACACACACACACACACACACACACACACACACACACACACACACACAAGGCUAUAGCGGAGUUGGGAUAAAGGGCAUUAGGGUGACUGUGCUCGUUAGGGUCAGGGAGGAAUCCGACCGAGCUAAAGAGGAGGAGGCCGGAUGGGCUGGCUGGUGCUAACUAGGCGUGCCUGUUUGGCCCGGGACUACAAGAGCGGAGCGCCGCGUACGAGUGGCGAAGCCCUGACACUGGCAAAGACAGAAGGAGUCCUCUGACCUACACCUAUAAUCACAUUUUCUUGUUGGACAUGCUUUCUCCCCUACAACUAACAAUGUCUUACUCUCGUCUUUGCUGCUCUGUUCAGCUCUUCCUACUUUCCUACUGACUGUUUCCCACCCACCUAGUCAACUUUUAUUCAACAUUUGUUCUUUUCAUCUAGACAUUAAAUUUAUUUACUCUUCACCAUCUAUUCAUAUGCUUUCAGUUUGAAUGAAAGUGAUACUUAUAUGUUUCUACUAAAAC